AUCGACGAUGAUCUCGAUGUUGCACCUCUGUCUCCUCAUUGCCUCCUAAUAAUCUCCAUUCUCUCUUCGUAAAAUCCUUUCUCUUCAUAGUGUUCAAUCUCAGAUCUUCCUGCACAAAAUUCCUUCUCGAUGUUGUAUCUUGACGUUUUCCAAGAUUAGCCUCUUCUGUCACGCCGCUCUCCUUCAAGGUUCGAUUUCUCCUCAGGGUGAGAAUUUGAAGUGCCAUACUUUUGGGUCUGGAGAUGACUUCAGUAUCUCAGUCGGCAGUUACCUUUUCUGGGAGUUUGUCUUCUGGAAUUGCAGCUUCAGAUGUUCUUCGAAGCUCUAGUAAUGGUGUCAAUGGUGUACCACUAAGAACGUUAGGCAGAGGACAUGCUGGCACAAGGAAGAAACGAAUAAGUAUCUCUGCAAAGGUCAGGAAGGUGAAGCAGCAUGAGUACCCGUGGCCCCAGGAUCCUGACUCCAAUGUGAAGGGUGGAGUUCUUAGUCAUCUUUCUCCAUUCAAGCCUUUAAAGGAAAAGCCGAAGCCAGUUACCUUGGAAUUUGAGAAGCCUCUUAUGGAUCUACAAAAGAAAAUUAUUGAUGUGCAAAAGAUGGCAAAUGAAACUGGUCUAGACUUCAGUGAUCAAAUCAUCUCAUUAGAGAACAAAUAUCAGCAGGCUCUUAAAGAUCUCUAUACACAUUUGACUCCAAUACAGCGGGUUAAUAUUGCACGACACCCUAAUAGGCCUACUUUUCUUGAUCAUGUCUUCAGCAUUACUGAUAAGUUUGUUGAGCUUCAUGGUGACCGAGGCGGCUACGAUGAUCCUGCAAUAGUGACAGGCAUUGGAACAAUAGAUGGCAGGCGUUUCAUGUUUAUGGGYCAUCAGAAGGGUAGAAAUACCAAAGAGAAUAUUCAACGCAACUUYGGAAUGCCWACACCACAUGGCUACCGCAAAGCUCURCGCAUGAUGUAYUAUGCAGACCACCAUGGAUUCCCUAUUGUCACRUUCAUCGAUACCCCWGGGGCAUUUGCUGACCUUAAAUCAGAGGAACUAGGCCAAGGUGAAGCCAUUGCCCACAAUUUAAGGACUAUGUUCGGUCUGAAGGUGCCAAUYGUUUCCAUUGUGAUYGGUGAAGGUGGAUCUGGAGGUGCUUUGGCAAUUGGUUGUGCUAAUAAAUUGCUAAUGCUUGAAAAUGCAGUCUUCUAUGUUGCCAGCCCUGAAGCAUGUGCAGCAAUUCUGUGGAAGACCGCUAAAGCCUCUCCAAAGGCAGCUGAGAAGCUCAAGAUCACAUCUACGGAGCUCCGCAAGCUACAGAUUGCUGAUGGCAUCAUCCCUGAACCACUUGGUGGUGCACAUGCAGAUCCGCACUGGACUUCCGGACAAAUAAAAGCUGCCAUUCUUGAAACAAUGGAUGAGCUUGAGAAGAUGGGUACRGAAGACCUGUUAAGACAUCGAAUGCUCAAGUUUCGCAAGAUUGGUGGAUUCCAAGAAGGACUACCCGUCGAGCCMGAAAAGAAAGUCAACAUGAAAMAGAAAGAGGAACCAAGACCUGGACUUAUUUCCGACAAAGUGUUGCAGGGUGAGGUUAAUAAACUAAAGGAGCAAAUUCUGAAAGCAAAGGAAUCAUCUUCAGUAGAUAUGGAUCAAAAUGGGUUGAUUGAGAAGCUGAAAAGAGAGAUAAAUUAYGAAAUUUCUCAAGCAGCUAAAGCUUUGGGYAUCGAGGAAAAAUUAACUAAAAUGCGCCAAGAAUUUGCUAAAGCAACRGACCAACAGUUGACUCCUGCUCAGUUUAAGGAUCUUGAGGAUCUAAAGAAUGAGUUUAACGAGAAUCUGGCAACGGCUCCUAACCAUGGAAGGCUGCARUACAAGCUAAACUUGUUAAAGGAAAUUUCCGAAGCCAAAGUUUUUGCUGAAAAAUACAAAAAGAGCCUUCCGUUGAAGGCCAAAGUGAACGAAAAAUUCAGACAAGUUUUGGAGAAKCCCARUCUGAAGCAGAAGAUUCUGGGACUGAAAGAUGAAGUUGAAAAAUCUGGGGUUUCUGCCAUUGAAGAACUGGAUCAGGAGUUGAAGGAGAAAGUUUUGGAGGUUAGAGAAGAAGUGGAAUCCGAAUUUGUUAAAGCUCUCGAAGCUUCAGGUGUUCAUGUAGCUUCACGGGUAGGUCAAUCUUCGAUGGCCAUGAUCAAAGCAAAAGUUGAUGAACUUAAUGCUGAAAUUAACCAGAUAAUCCAAGAUGUUAUUGAAUCAACCCCAGAUUUGAAAAACAAAAUCGAGAUGUUGAAAUUAGAGGCCAUGAAGAACAAGAAUCCUAGUAACCAAUCAAAGGCAAAGAUGGAGGUUUUGGAGCAGCAAAUUAAGCAGGGUGUUGCUGAGGUGAUGAGUUCUGCAGCCAUCAAAGAGAAAUACGAACGAUUGCAGGCUGAGCUUGCCGAACUUUCAGGAGGAUAUGAUGGAAGUUUGAUCAAGGAACCGACCUAUGCAUGAUUUGAUAAACAUCUGCAUCGAGUCCUCUGGAAUGUGGGUUAACGAGCUUUAACGUUGGCUAUCUGAACCAUGAGCGGGAUGUCGUAUUUGGUAAAGAUCAAGACCUGUCUGCUUUGAAAGUUUGCUGUUUGAGUUGAGUUCUUUUUGACAUUUUAUCGACUUUUAUAUGAAUUCUUUUCAUAAAUUAAUUUCGUGGUGUAGUCAUUCUCAGCUGUAAUAGUAGAACGUAACUGUCAGUUUUAUACCGUAGCAUGUCGUGUAAAUUUCGGUGAUUAUCAAUAAUUAAUUUGCCUUCUCUUU